AUUGAUCCAAAAAUAGAUCGCAUUUCGGACUGCAAAUGAUGUUGACCGGCGCGGUCCCAGCCGAAAGAUGUUGAUACCCCGCCAGCUAGAGUAGCCCGGUUGGGCGGCCUCGGCGCGCGUUACAGCGGAUUGCUUGCCGAAACCUGUACAAGAAUGGGUCAAAGUGAGUCGCUUUUCGCGGGGGGCACCGGUAUGUUCCUUUUUUGGACCGUCGCAAAGAAACAAGAAUUAUAGAUACCGUGUCUUUAAGCUGGUGGUUGACUACGAUGAGCCUCUGUACACAGAUGAUUUCACAUUUCCUUCAGGCCCGGAGUUUUCACUGCAGCCAAUUCCAGAGGCCUGCGUGCCGAAGACGGAUACGGACUUGCCGCAACAGGCUCAAGCUUCGAACGCCGAGGCAAUCAAGCUUAUCGAUGCGGGCAAGCAUUUGGAGGCGGUACUAGAGUAGUUGAUUUUUUCAAAGUCUGAAAAUAGCGCAACUUUAUUCGUACCGCGACUUGCCACACACAACUCCCUCGGCGUUCGGAGAAUGUCGUUGAACACCCACCACGUGAUGAACAAGCUUCCCGCAAUCCGAUGAAUCUUAGAUCGCAAUCGCAUGAAAUGUUUCACCCACAGAUCAAGCGCCUCCGUGCCGCUUUGCAGUUGGUACCGGAGUCAUCGACCCUUGCCGGAAACCUGGCGCUCUGCCUCGCAAAACGAAAUGAAUUCGCAGACGCGAAGGCCAUGUAUUCCAUGUUUCUACUCUGUUGCGCGGACAUUCCUGCCGCAAACUUGGCACGCAAGUAGACGAGCUGCUGUUUCUUUGUUUCAGCCGGCUGCUGGCGGAUGCGACCCAACGAUGAAUUAAUCGCGGUUGUUGAAUACUUAAAACAAUUUCAAAUAACUCAGGUGCCAGCGUGCCCUUUCCGGAGAAGAACACCAAACAGGGGACUUUGGCACGCGGCUCAUUCUCGCUUGGUGCGAGAGCAAGCUCGGGCGAGCAAGCGACGCCAUCGCUCUGUAUCAGAACUUGUACCAGGAAAGGAGUACGGAGUACGAAAUUCUGUUUCACAUGAGCGAGGCUUUCCGCGACCACGGCGACUUCGGCGACGCAGUUGAGACUCUGAACUUCUUUCUGCAGCACCGCCCUAACCAUUUCGAGGCGCAGCGGCAACUAGGGUUCUGCUACGAGCAGAAGAAGGAUCUAGAGAACGCGCAGAGAACGUAAAAAUUUACAAUUUCAUUUCGUGCAACAUUUCUUCUGGAAACCAUGCACAUCUUCGCCGCAAAAGAAAACUACCGAAGUUGCUGUCCACAGUUCGUCGCGAAGACCAAAAGACUCCCUAAAAGCCAAAAGAACUACUGCGUGUGAUUGUUAUUGUGAAAUGCUAUUUCAGGUAUGAGUUUUUGUUGAAGCAGUGGGAGGGUGCUUCCUCCGAAGAGAGGACGCCUGGGUUUCCCGAGCGGGAGACGCGACUGCGCCUGGUUGGCGUGUUGCGGGACCGGGUGGAGCAACAGAAAGACGAGGAGCGCAAGCUGACCAAGAGGCCCGGCUACAGUUUGAGCAUUGUGGGAAAGCUGGUGGCCGCCGGAGAGAACCUCAGCGGCUCGGACGACGACCUUCCCGGGGGGCGCGCCAGCAGCAGCAGCUCCGCCUCCGCGCGCCGCAGUGGGCGCAAGGGCGGACGCCGUUCCUCGGGGCGGCGGAGCGGCGCGAAGCUCGGCGACGUGGAAUACCGGAGCUCGUUGCUGAAGCGGGACCGGUUCUCCGCGAUCCAGGAGGAGCGCGACAGCGAACUGGAGGACUCGUCUUUGCUGGAGGAGGAGAAGGAGGAGCGCGGCAUCCUGAGCAUCCACGAGUUUGCCGCGAUGCAGCAGUUGCAGAAACUGCUCGAGCAGGAUCCCAACGACCUGCUGGUGCUCCGCGAACUGUGCUUCGCGUCCACGAAGAUCAAGAGCGUGGCGCAGUACGGCGAGCGCGCCUUCGCGCUCGAACCGGACGCGGAGCUCGCCUUCCACAUCGCGGAAAGCUACACGAAGGCGGUGCAAAAGUACAUCGUGCUGGACGUGCCGGGCGCGGAGAACGCCGCGUCGGAUCCCUCGAUUGAGCGCGGGCUCCGCCACGCCAUCGGGUGGUACCGGAAGACGCUCGAGGUCGCGGACCGACCGCACCUCCCCGCCAUGAUCGCGCUGGCCCGGCUGCUGGUGAACUGCGGUUCCAACGUGAUCUCCUCGCCGAUGCUGGCGCGCGCCACGGGUGGGCUAGGGUUACUCAUGUCGCAGCUGGCGCGCCCCUCCUACCAGCGCACACUGGAGCCCACGGGCGUAGUGGACGCACCCACCGGCGUUCUGCUCUCUGCCCCGCCGUCAAGCACGAAACUGUCGAGUCACCAGGACCCGCUGCGGCACAGCAGCCGCGGUGGUGGUGCCGGAACCUCGGCAAUUACAGGAACCAAUGCGCCACCUUCAUCUUCCGGCGCUCUGAUUCCGGCCGCGCCUGUGGGAGCCGACAAGCAGCGGUACGUGGAAGCCAUGGAGAUCUUGGCCGCGGCGCGCAAGAUGGACCGCACCAACAAGGAAGUGCUGGAGCUGUGCUGCGCGUGCAAAUUCUUCCAGGGAAACUACUUUGCGGCGCGAAGCUACGCGACGGAGCUGCGCAAAGUGGACGGGUUCAACAAGACCGCCCUGUUCGUACUCGCGGAGGUGCACAAACUGCAGAAAACCAGCGCGACCGAAGUGUUGAAAAACAAACAGGCCGCUCCAGGAAAGCGGAAGCAGAAGCUGCCCUGGUACCAGGAGCUCGAGGGCAUCGCGCCGCGCCAGAUGGAGCGCGUGAUGCAGGCCAUAUCCGAAAGCUACAAGGAGCGGAAAAAGUUUGACGAGGCGACGACGUGGGUGCAAAAGGGUUUGCAGGCAUACCCGGGCUCCACGAAGCUGCAGUGCUUCAAAAUGCAGCUGGAGCUCGACAAGCGCACGCACAACAAUUUGUUGGACCACACCUUUUCGGACAACGGGCUCUCAUCCUGCUUGGACAGCACACACCACAGUCUCAGUGUGCAGACCAAAGAACUGAAUCCCGGGGACCUCGGCUCCUCACGGCAAACGACUGUCGUCGCGCAGGAGGACGCCUCUUCGCCGCUCUUGUCGCGAGAAAUCAUGAACGGAUCGUCACCCGCCAAGGUGGCGGAGCCUGCCGCGACCGAAUCUCCGACAAAAGCGACAAAGCGAAAGAACGCCGCCCUGCGUAGACGAUCCCACCGCCCCUGCAACGAAAAUCUCUUUGAAGAGGACUCGCGGCGCGCGACGCUAAAGCGGGAAACGGCGAAUGCCAAAUUGGAAACCCUUCGAUUUCCCUCCACUAUUGCAGAAGUAUAAAUGUUGUGAUCUCCGGAACUUUUUCUUUCCUCAUUUGCUGUGAAAAAGAGAACAGAGUUAUUCAACGAACUAGAAUGAGCUUCAUCGUUUGUACUUCGAUUCACACAGGAGGACCUCCAACCGGGCGCGCGACUUACAACUCCGUAUUCCGAAAGCGAGGAGCUGGUAAACACGGUGGCCCUUCACGAGCAGGACCUGGGUUCGCACCGCGGCGAGCCGCCGUCCCUGUUUGCGCAGGCGCUCGCGUCCGACGACGUGUUCUUCGUGAAGGACACGGCGGCCGGACUCGUGCGGGAAGGGCAGGACUACGACUCCGCGCUCCGACUGUACGAGCGCAUGUUGGAGCUGGCGAGCAGCGAGGACGCCCCCGGUGCGGUGUCCGACGCCACCCUGAACCGGCUGCAAAUCGACGCGCGCCUCCACAUGUGCGAGAUACGUGUGCGCAUGUACGACGCGGUCGUGGAGAAUAGUCUGGAGCUGACCACGGCGAGCCGCGCAGCCCUACUUACAACCGGCGUGAACCCCGCUGCACUGCUGCUGUAUCGCGAAGACCCGCCGGAGGGCGGCUUUUUCGGGCACGGAUUUUCAUCUGCGGACCGUAGACCUGCUGCGUCGGAAGAGGACCACGAUACGGAAGUGGAUAGCGCGGUCUUUUCGGCGACGCAGCACUUCCUGGCGGCGAUAGACCAUUUGAAACGGGCGGAGCGGAAAAUGCGCGGCGUGCUCGGGUUUGACCGGGACCGAUACCUAAGGCACCGCGUGAAAGCCCGCACGACAUCUUCCAGCCGCAAAAACAGCUUCAACACGACGCUGGCGGCUGGCGACGCGGCGUCUUGCGUGGAGUACAGUGACGACUUCAACCACGACCCGGAGGGGUUCUUGUCCCGCAAAUUUUUCAGUUGCGCCGCCCACGUGAUCUACCGGCGAUCCGUGGAAGCCGCGCAGUGGAAGCUGACGCCCGCCAUCAGCUUGUUUCUCCAAUCCGGAACUUCCACGGAUCGUGCCGGAACCGGCAGUGGUGGUGCAUCGUCGAGCAGCGUGAACCUGAUCGAAGAUCCGUUGCAACGCGAAAACGUGUUUUCCUUCGCUCGGCUGUCUUUGAAAUACCUGCUUCUCGACGACGAAUCGCGUACGCCGCUCGACGCGCGCGACCAGGUGCUGCUCGCGGAGCUUGGGGCGUUUCUGCAGCACGAAAAAACCCUGCAGUGGAUUCAUCGCGCAACGCAACGUGGCGGAGCCGCCGCGCAAGCGGCCGUGGACGCGGCCUCGAACGCGAACAACAACAGUUCGCAGCUCUCGUCCGCAGCGGCGACGCCCGCGACCGUCACCGCCGGGGAGACGAGUCAACCUCCUGGCAGCGCCGCCGCCAACAUCCCUGGCGACUGCCCGCAGGCGCUGUACAAGCCGAAGCUGCUGCUCGGGUGCUACUACGCAAAUUUGGGAAACUACAACCAGGCCCUGCACCACUUCAAAAUUGCCGCGAAGAGCUGUCCCGAGAAGUUGUACGUGCGGUAUUUGCACCACUCCAUCCUCGACGCGGCCAUCCACGCGUCGAAACUGGACCAGCUUGUCGAGAUGCUCGACGACACGUUCGGACCGCAUUUGCUGGAAGAUUUGGUCCUGCAAGCACCCAUCAACUGGACCGAGGAAGAAGAAAACGCGGUCCAGAAGAGCGAUAGUGCCGAGAAGGCAGAUGUUGAAAGUGGCACGGAACAACAAGGCCCGGGUGCGGCCUCGGGGGCUUCGAUGAAGUUAUCGAUAUCGCCAGCUGACGAAGAGCACGAGGCGUUGUCCGUGGCGCGCGGGCGCGAGACCAAAGCAAGCGCAGGAGGUGAGGUGAACACUAGAAAAUCUACGGGCGGGCCCGGGGCCAUGAACCUGGACUGGGUGGCAGUGAAAGGGCAAAACCAGGUGAAGAAUCUCUUGAAGUUCGAGUGCCUGAAGCGCAGCGUGCGGAAGCGCAGCGACGCGGUGGCCACGCCGACCGAGGAAAGCAGCGUGGUCGCCUUGGAAGGGCUGGUCAGCGACGUCAUCCGCGAGAUGGUGACCGACAAAAGCGCCGCCUCGACCUCGUCGUCCCACGAGAGGGAGCAGCGGCGUACGGUGGCGCAGCACUUCCGCCGGUCCGCACUCUCGGUGCUCCACGACCACGAGCUGCUCCGCCGGUUUCCGCAGAAGCGCCUCAUUGUAGCGCGGUGGUUGCGCGAAGAAAGCCGGUUUGAGGACGCCCUCGCACAGUAUGCGUUGACGGAACUUAGUGGCGGCACGCCGACCAGUCCACGGGGAACCGAGCAAGAGUUGUCCAGCGGCUGGGGUUGUAAGGACGCAGUUCUGAACGGCGAGCAGUUCCGGAAAACCUAUUACAGUAACAGGCAAGUCGCCGCGGAACAACAGCACGCGGACCACACGAACACCACGGGCGGCGGGGGUGAAGAUCAGAGUAAACUCACAAGCCAGCCACUGGAGCCGAAUCCAAUCCCCAUGGGCCGCCUCACGAAACCGCCGUCCGCGUUGCUCGGGGCGGGUGGAAGAAGCUUGCUGCAGCUCGGCAGCGCGUUCCCGAAGCCACGCAGCCCGCUGGGUGCGCCGCCGGCGGGAAGUGGUGCGCCGGUCGGCGCGAAAGCAAGCGAUAGUACCGCAGCGGAGCGUCGACGGGCGGAGGAGGUCGAAAAGAUCGAGGGCAUGGCGUACUGCUCGCGCAAGAUCGGCGACUACGACAACGCCCUGGCUUACUACCGGCAGUUGGUGGACGCGACGGAGGGCCGCGGGUCCGCAUUCGCGGAGCAGAACCUGGCUGGCCUCUACUAUGUGGCCACCGUCCUGUUCAAGAAGCGCGAAAUGGAGGAGGCAAUCCUGUUUGCCAGACGCGUGAUAUUGACGUGCCAAACCAAGGCGGCCGCGUCCGAUGCGCUUGCCGUGCUGAAGGAAUCGGAAUACCGACUGGGUGCGUGCUACGUGGCCUCGAAGGCGCACCUGAUUCUCGAAGACCUGCAGGAGUCGCAGUGGAUGAUCAAGCGCGGCUUGGAGAUGCGCGAGAAGGCCGAGCAGGUGCACUUCGUGUUUUUUCUCGGCGUCAUCAAGUCCCGCCUGCACGAGUACGGCAUGGCGAAGGAGCUGCUGGUGGAGGCGUUGCAGUUGUCGAACCUGUUCAAGAAAAACGCGUGGUCCGCCUCGCGUUCUUCAUCUGCCACGGCGACCGACCGCCAGUCGCGGCAGUGGAAGUUGUGUCUCACCAUGGACGGUACUACCGCCUCGCGACUGGUGGACGGCCUCGCGUCCCAGACCGGCUCCUCCGAGAAGGAGCCCACGCCGCAGGAGAUGCGCAACGUGGAGGCCGCCGCGGCGGCGGCCGCGUCGCGCGACAGUAAGAUCUGCGUCGACAUCCGGUUUGCUUUAGCGCAGCUGUACUUGUACCAAAGUCUGUACGAGCUCGCGCGACAAGAGGUGGAAAUUGGACUCUGCGAGAACCCGAUGCACGUCGGCUUGUUGUCCACGAAGGCGCUGCUCUACGUGCUUCAGGAUGACGAGGAGAGCAUCGCCGAGAACUGCCUGGUGUCAAUCGAUCUGGUCUCGCGGCUUUGCCAAGACAAGCAGAACAUCGGCUGGCUACCGCUGCUCUACUGCCGCCUAGGCUACCUCUAUUUGCGCGCAGAGAAUUAUGAGAACGCCCUGCGGGCACUCUCUAAGUGUACUCGCUGCGAUCUCCAUACGAUUCCGCACGUCACGAAGAGUGUCUACGGCAGCGCCCACGUUCUCGUUGCAUUGAUCUACAAGACACAAGGGGAUAUCACAGCGGCCCGAAAACACGUGGCUGAGGCGAGAAGGUUAUUUUCCCCAUUUUUUGCGGACAAGCAUUUAUGAUGUCGAGGUGCAGGUGAUCUUCAUUCGCAGAGAGUUUCUGCUUCAUCGCGGAUGCAUUUUUUAUGUUUUUCAUAAUUGCCGUGACCGCGAUUGGCUGCUCUACAUCUACCUCAACAAAAUUUUCCGCAGGUAUCAUAAAAUUUUCGAUGGCUUCUUGACCGCAAGAAAAACCGACGGUCGCGAACUGAGCACGUACCUACACGAGCUUUGCCUCACACCCGGCCACAUUUCGCAACUGCUGUCGCUUCUGGAGGAUUGCGCAAGCUCCGAUCCGACGCCAGCCACGUCCACUUUCGAGCAACAAGGUACCGCUUGCUUGGACCUGCUGGCAGCAUAGCUGCUCUUUACUUACUUCUUCAAUGAGAUCUUCACGCUCCUUCAUAUCACCGCUCGUAGCAGAAAGAUGAGCGUUUCUCGGAAAUAAGGGAGAUGUUGUUCAUCUCAUUUUCUUGACAGGUGCCGGGCAGUUUUCGCUGCCUCCAUCGAAACCAACGUCGCGAAGCGGUACACCCUCUCGGCUUCAGCCCACCGCGUACCCGGAGCCAGCCCCGCAAGUCAUGAUGCCACCGACCGCCGCACCGCAGCAGGCCGGACCCGCCCCGGGCACGAAUCCUCUGUUUUUCACUUCGACAACGCGCGGUGCCGCGGUGCGAGAUGCCAGUCUGACGCCGAAUUCCGUGACCCCACGGGCGAUGUUCGCGGCGCUCAAGCCUCCGUCGCUCGAGUUUCCGACCGCAAAGUUGUUCGGCGCGGCCGGGGGUGGGACUACGGCACUGCAGAGCGGCGGCGAGCCGCUGCUGCCGACGGUGAGCCUCUUUUCGCGCAGCCGGAGUCAGUCUCGCACGGGUACGCCCGCCCGAGGGCGGAGUCUGACCCCGGGCGUCGGAUCCGAAGCACACAGCCGCAGCAACUCGCAGUCGCGCCUGCAGCCCGCCCUGCUGCAGCAGCAGGACCGCGUCUUGGCGCCCAUUGUGCAGCAGGUCGGCCAGCCCGCGGGAGACUUGAUUCCGAGUGUAAUGCCGACGGUCAUUCAGCCUCCAAGCGCGCCGUUCGAUCCGCCGCCACGACUCGGUUUGCCUUCGUCUGCAUCUUCACGGUCGCACACCCCCUCACGCGGGUCCUCGUCUGCGGGACCCAGUAGUGCGGCGCACAGCAAAGAGACCUACGGCCCCCGCCCCGGCGCAGCAGCUCCGCCGUCCCGUCCCGGCCUCUCCUCGAAGAUCGCCCCGCCGUCUCUCGCCGGCGGAGUGCAACCGUCCUCCUCGCUCGUUCCAUCGCCGCCCGCGGACCACGAGGAGGCCGAUACGUUUGGAAAGGCCGUCGCGGCCGCCCUCGCCCACGAAGACGCUUCUCUAGCGGCCGACAGUGAGUCCUCAAGAAGGCACUCGCCGCCCGACCGCAAGCCAAUGGAGGGCAGCUUGCGACUCGCGGAGUACAGUAGUGACCACGAUAGAGCAGCAGACCAGUCCGUCAUCCCCUCCGAGUACAACUCGCGCGGCCCCUCGCCGGUGGAACACCCGAAGCACCACGCGCGCCGCGUGUGGUCUCAGCAGAAAAACGCACCCAACCGACAGUUGUCCAGUGGCCUGAACAGCCCACCGCCGAAUGUGUCCGUCCCCUCUCUCGGCGGAGGCGGGGGAGGUAGUAGCAGUUCUUCCUCUACUUCCACGUCGCAUUUCCAGCAACCCGGUGACGGGGGGUCUACCGCCGUCCGGUCGCGGCAGGAACACAACUCUGCCCCCACGGAACAGCAGCAGGAAAUAAACAACCUCGAUGACACCAACUUGCAGGAACAUCAAAACUACAACGCCCAGCAGCAGCAGCCGGCCGGGCCCCCGGACCGCGCGCCGCAGGAGGGUCGAAACUCGUUGCCCCCAAAAAGACGGCCCCAGGUGCAACUGGCCAUUCAGAAGAUGGUGAACAACGACGACCUGAAGUACGGCUACCGCCUUGGCAGCGGCGGCUUCGGAACCGUGUACCACGGAGUCUACAAGGGGGAGGAGGUGGCCAUAAAAAAGAUCAACAUCGACGAGUUUGGGAACAUAUGCAAUGCAAAAGCAUCGUGCUAGUAUGUACUGCAGUACAAAGUAGCCCAGCAUCACAAAUUGAAUCAGCUUGCCUUGAGAAAAUAUGUAACGCAUAAAUGCAAUAAUUCCUACGAGUACGAUACUUUUGCACAGGAUGGAACAUGUCGGAAACGCAGAUGCUGGAAAUGGAGAAAGAGAUCGAGGCGUUGUCGCAUCUCCGCCACCCGCGGCUCGUCAAGUUCAUCGGCGCUUGCCUCGAUUACCCGCAUUUGUCCAUCAUCACCGAGUUCAUGCCCGGGGGGUCGUUGCACGCGCUCCUGCACAUCAACAAAGUUAAACUCCCACCGCACACGCAACUUAGCCUCUCGAGGCAGUUCGUCGAGGGGGUACGGUUUCUGCACACGCAGCAGCCCAGUCCCAUCGUGCACCGGGAUUUGAAGUCCUUGAACUUGGUGCUCGACCGGUUGCUCAACUGCAAGAUUUGCGACUUCGGCCUCACGCGGACGAUGGACAAAACACAUCUGUCAUUAAAGGACGGGGGUAACGGAGGAAGCCCAAGGUAACAAGUUGUGCUGAUACUACCUACAAGUGAGCUACGCGUACUUCUGGCCGCAGUCAUUCGCAGUUUUUUUGCGCACUGGAGUUGAUGUCAUAGCGGUCACUGAAGUAUUUAGUCUCUCUCGGUCAUUGAAAUUGUCCUGGCAGAGAUCGUUUCGCUUUGCGCAUGCGAUAGGUGACGAGGUGGAAAUCAAUGCGAAAGUAUGGACAUCCACAUGAUAUUCUUUUCCCCAGGUACAUGGCACCGGAGUGCUACGAGAGUCAAGGCAAGCUGACAGAGAAGGUGGACAUCUGGGCAGUCGGGUGUUUGCUGAACGAAAUCUAUGGCGGCCGGCUCCCCUUCGAUGAGUGCACCGCUAUCCAGCAAAUUGUGAAGAAGCUUCUGGUUGACCAUCAAGGUCCCUACAUCCCUCCGCACAUCCCCGCGCCGAUGCGAACCCUGAUUCAGCAGUGUCUCUGUUUCGACCUGCGGUCCCGUCUUUCUGCGGUCGAGAUUUUCGAUCGUCUGCAGCAAAUAAAGUGAAGCGCAAGUAGGUGGACAACUCUGGGUCGACGUACGGAGAAGGUUUUUUCAAUCGAAACCCUGUAGAAUUGAGGAUAGUAAUUACGAAGCGUUCAAUAUGAAAACCAAAAUCAAUGUUAUGUAACUCCUAAAUGUAACUCCGCGAUGCAAAUCGCGUUUUCAUAGUGCCAGUGCGUACGAGGCGUCGGUCACGGGAGAACAUCCUCUCAUGGACCGGUUUGUCUCGUACUCGUACUGCCGUGUACGUUGUGGCCAUUCGUAGAUGUGUGAUUUUUACUCGAAGUUAAUAUAUCUUGUGCACAUCACUUCAGCUUUCAAUCGAGUUGAUCUUCGCGCUGUCACUCGAUUUGACGCAAAUUGUUAGUCCGGCGUCGUGGAUUUUUUCUGAAUGCUCAGCUGCCGUUACGUACGUAGACUGCCAGCGAUUACUUUGGUCACGCGGCCGCAAGCAGGAGACGUAGUUGCGACGCGGCCCCCUUGCCUGCGGAAAACUUUUCUUUGAAAGAGCUUUGGAGUGAAAAGUACUUCAGUUCUUGCCUUUUUCGGGAACCAACGUCGAAAGUACCGGAUUCUUUUGAAGGACAGCCUCUACCGAAGCGAAGAAGACCUUUAUUUCCGUAAUUUUCAAUGAGGGAAAUCCGGGCGCCCGUAAGAGUACGUAUCUGAAAGUCGUAAAGCGAU